AUGGUGACUUUCCACCUCUCCCACACCUCCCCCAUCAACCCCCCCUCUGCCGCCCCCGUCCUCACACAAGCCCAACUCUGGGCCGGCCUGCAGCGUAAAAUCCGGUUUGCGCAGGAAUUCGUGCCUGUGAUUGAGGGGUGCGAGGUUUUGGGGGAGGAGGCUGGGGAGGGAGGGGAUGUGGUGGUGACGAGGGAGGUUAGGUUCAAGGCUGGGGCUGGGCCGAGGGAGAGGGCGAGGGAGGUUGUUAGGGGGUUUUGGCCGUGUUGGAUCGAUUUCGAACAACAAGACGGCUCUCACAUCCGCAACAUCAUCUCCACGGGCUCCUCGGGCUCGCCCACAGAUCUCUACAUGACGUAUACAUUUGAAUUCAAAUUCCCCGACCUGCAGCGGGGAUCCGACGAGGCGCACAGGCAGCUUGGGAAACUCAAGGAGAUGGCGCAGAAAGCAGUAGACAUGAGCAUCGACGCAAUCAGAGCCAUGGUCCUAGACGGGCGAAUCACCGUAUAA